AUGCCAGAAUUUUCAAGUAACUACAUACCGUCGGCAUCUCAAAAUCAACAACGAAUAAGUUCUGACGAAGACACAAACAUAGACAAAAUUCCGUCUCGUAGAAGAGGUUCGUUGGCCUUGGAAAAGGCAGAAAAAGGUACCAAAGAGGUCGAACAAUCGGAAGGGAGGGACGACUUCAAAAUGGUGCCAAAGAAAAAAAGAAACAGAAUAUGGCUCCGUACUUCAGCACUGUUGUUGACACUUAUAUGUUUGAUAUUGUUCUUUCGGGAUUUCUUAGAAUCCGAAGAGAGCGUAGUACCUGAGAACAAUAUAAAACCAGCACUCGAGUCCGCGAUAACUACAGAACAAAUAAUAGAAGAGACUAGUAUUGCGACUAAAGUACCCGAAAAAUCUGAGACAGAAAAUACACCUCCCAAAUUCAAAUCCAAACAUUGCACUGUUCCACACCCAGGUCGCCCGUUGAUUCAGUAUGCAUUGAUGCUUGAUGCAGGGUCUACAGGCUCACGUAUUCAUGUCUAUCGGUUUAAUUAUUGUAAAGAUUCUCCCGAAUUAGAAGAUGAAAUUUUUAGUCACACCAAACCAGGACUUUCCGCCUAUCCUGAUGAUCCUAUAUCAGCCGCGAAAAGUUUAGAUGUAUUAUUAAAAGUAGCAUUAGAAAAAGUUCCCGAAGAACUUUAUAAUUGUACACCGGUUGCUGUUAAGGCAACUGCCGGGCUUCGUUUGUUGGGCAUAACAAAAAGUAAAAGUAUAUUGGAAGCGGUGCAAGAACAUUUAGAGACUAAUUAUCCUUUCCCCAUCAUUGAGAAUGAUGGUGUGGUAAUUAUGGAUGGUAAAGAUGAAGGUGUUUAUGCAUGGAUCACAGUAAAUUAUUUAUUAGGAAGAAUUGGUACAUCGAAAAAAUUGUCUACGGCAGCGAUUUUUGAUCUCGGUGGGGGCUCAACUCAAAUUGUCUUUGAGCCAGAAAUGAUGGAUGGUACCGAAGUUUCCCCUGGAGAGCACCGAUACGAGUUGUUGUUUGGUGGUCACAAAUAUGUACUUUAUCAACAUUCAUAUUUGUAUUAUGGACUUAUGGAAGCAAGAAAAGCGAUAAAGAAAUUUGUGGCAGACCUUUGGCGUCUCGCUUCUAGUGAUGAAAAACAAUCAGAAGAUCACGUUCCACAUCCUUGCCUACCGAAGAAUUUUUCCGAACCGCUAGAUCCCAACGAUGAUACUAUAAAACUCAUUGGAACUGGCGCUGGGCAUGCCCAAUGCCGAUUCAUCGCUGAACAAGUACUAAACAAAGAAAAAACAUGUCCUAUAUCACCAUGCGCAUUUAAUGGUAUAUACCAACCACCACUUAGGGAUACAUUUUCUGAGAAUGAAAUUUAUGCAUUUUCAUAUUUUUACGAUAGAGUUAGUCCUUUAGGAAUGCCUAAUGAAUUUUCGCUUAAAGAACUUCGAGAUUUAACUGAUUCUGUAUGUUCCGGAGAUAUUGAUCAAUUCUCACACUUACCAGAGGCGUUGAAGGAAAUUCGAAAGAAUCCUCACUAUUGUAUGGAUUUGACAUUCAUAUAUGGAUUAUUACACGUCGGAUAUGAAAUUCCAUUAGAGAGAGAAGUGAAAAUUGCCAAAAAGAUAAAAGGUAUUGAGACCGGAUGGUGUCUUGGUGCAACGAUCGCAAUUUUAGAUCAAAAGUUAUGGUGUAAAUAA